AGUGCCGCGGAGCCCCAGUCUCUGUUGGCCUGGGGUGAUUCCUGUUCCAGGGACAUUGAGAUCCUCGUGGGAAGCCCGUCCUGGCAUCUCCGCGUCUGCACGCGGGCCCCGGGCUUGCAACCCUGCCUGUGCGUCCCUCCCACUCCUGGGUUCAUUCAAACGGCAGCCUGAGCGCCCGCGAGCUUCGCACUCUGGGAGAGGGCACACCGCAUUCGGAAUCGCUCGUGGCACAUGCCAGGCUGGAAGGAAAUUGCCUGGAAACUUAAUGAAGCUCUGGGUUUUAAAGUCUUUCUAGGUGCAAUUUCAUGUAAAGCAGUUGCAGUGAUUAGCUUUUUUGUUCUGCGCAAGAGUAGCAAAGCAGCCGGCACUGCCUGCGGAUUCGGCAAGCCGUCCUACUUGGGAUUGUGAGAAAGUGGGAAGGCAUGAAUUUUGCUUUUGGCCUUGCGGUGGGGAAGCUUUAUGACCCGUGGCCUCAGUUAAUUAACGUGAAACGAGAUGAUUUUGAAGGUUUCUUUUAAACUCCGCUUUUUGAAAAACUGCGUUGGAGGUGAUGUUCCUAUAAAUCAAAGAAGAGACAGCGUGAGAAUGUCGGCCCUCAACUGGAAGCCGUUUGUCUACGGGGGGCUGGCCUCCAUCACAGCCGAGUGCGGUACAUUUCCAAUUGAUUUAACCAAGACACGGCUCCAGAUUCAAGGCCAGACGAAUGAUGCAAACUUUAAGGAAAUUAGAUAUCGAGGAAUGUUGCAUGCAUUAGUGAGGAUAGGCAGAGAAGAAGGGCUGAAAGCACUCUACUCGGGGAUUGCCCCUGCGAUGUUACGCCAGGCAUCCUAUGGCACCAUCAAGAUAGGCACUUACCAGAGCUUGAAGCGACUGUUCGUUGAACGCCCAGAAGAUGAAACUUUACCGAUAAAUGUGAUAUGUGGAAUUCUCUCUGGAGUCAUAUCUUCAAGCAUUGCUAAUCCAACUGAUGUUUUGAAAAUUCGGAUGCAAGCGCAAAGCAGCACCUUUCAAGGAGGAAUGAUAGGCAACUUCAUGAACAUUUACCAGCAAGAGGGGACAAGAGGACUGUGGAAGGGUGUGUCCCUUACUGCGCAGAGGGCUGCUAUUGUUGUUGGUGUGGAGCUGCCAGUCUAUGACAUCACCAAGAAGCAUCUUAUUCUCUCGGGCCUGAUGGGAGACACUGUGUAUACCCACUUCCUUUCAAGCUUCACCUGUGGUCUGGCAGGGGCCCUGGCCUCAAACCCUGUUGAUGUUGUGAGGACACGUAUGAUGAAUCAGAGAGUCCUUCGAGAUGGCAGAUGUUCUGGCUACACAGGAACCCUGGAUUGCUUGUUACAGACAUGGAAGAAUGAAGGGUUUUUUGCUCUCUAUAAAGGCUUUUGGCCAAAUUGGUUGAGACUUGGUCCUUGGAAUAUCAUCUUCUUUGUGACAUAUGAGCAGUUGAAGAAAUUGGAUUCAUGACAAGUCAAGGCUGCACGAGACAUCUUUCUGAAAAUGCUAACUUCUGAAACAGCAAAGCUUCCUGCAUUUCACUCUGCUUCUUACUGCUUGGCUCAUCACAGAUUCUGGGAUGUGAGCAACAGAUGAAGACUGAGGUGGUUGAGAUUGCUGUGAAGGCAUUGGAUGCUCUUCAUCAAACGUUUAGUGGCAUAAACUAACAUCUAAACACUAGUCUUUACCACUGAAGCGCCCUUCAACAUCUGCUAUAAUAUAUGAAAUGCAUGUUUCUUGCUAAAGAAAACUUGCAAGAAAAUCGGGAGCUGUGUAUUGCUUUAUUCAGGGAGGGUAGCUCCUGAUGCAUCUCAGCUCAUAACUGAGAACAUCAGACUGCUCUAGAGAAGCUCAUUAGAACCAUGGGAUGGAGGCUCCAAGAAGGUAUUAUGGUUUCUGAAUUUCUGGGAGCUUUUGCUUCUUGUCAGCUGAAGAAAUUUCAUGUAUGGAAACCUGAACUGUUCAACCCCAGGUAUAAACAGUGCAGGAAAUGGAGCCUAGGGAUAUCUCACUACUUAAUUUCCUCAAUUUGGCAGGAUCUUCCACUUAUAAUAAGUGAUUUUAAGCCUUUGAAGACUUGACAUUUGUGAGAAAUUGUUACAAAGUAAUAAUCUCUAGGUUUGUGGUGGUAUGUGUUGGCUUUGAAGGUUGCAAGGUCUGUAUUGGUGGGAGGUGUUUUCAAGCAGCUUGGGUUCUGUCUUAGUUCAUGUUAGUAAUUCGCUUUAUGAUUUUUAGCAGAGUAUAUGUAUUUUUCAAUGUGUAAAAGGGGGAUAAUAACAUCUACUGAUGUAGAGGGUCAAAUGAAGAACAAAUAGUAGCUGCUGCUACUUGACUUGAAAGGUAAGUGUGUUUACGUCAUGCUGUAGAACAGCUAUAAACAGUCUGUGUAGAAGGGGUCAUGCUGUCAUGGGCUUCUCAUGGUAAUUGUGAGUGAAGCCCUUUGUAAAGCCUUGUUAAAGAACGCUGCCUAAGUUCAGGCUUUAAUACAUAUUCCUCAGCAAAAUGUUGGUAGUGAAUCAAAGAGUUGAUUUUUCCAGGUUUCCAAUUUUUACUUUAGUUUGUGUUGGACCUGUCUUGGACUUCCUAGUUAGUUUGGAUGGAAAAUACCUGCUUGAAAUUUUUAAAAUGAUUCUUUAGUGCACCUAACUUUAGCUUGUUUCUGAUAGGUGGUAGUCAUAUUUUCCCUUUUUCUUUCCUUCUAUAGACACAUUAAAUCAUUCUCCCUCUUUUUUUCCUUUUCUGUUUUCUUCUUUUCUUUAACCUGCUUCAGAGAAAGCCCUCUUCUUGUCUUCAUCUUAUUCUUUUCAAAAUAAAAGGUGACUGUGAGAGCCCAAAGUACUUCUACUUCUGGGAGGCAGCCGCAGGACGGGGAACAUAUUCACUUGGGUCCCUUCGGUUCCUGCUUUGAGAACAGUACAAACAUGCCAGCUGCUGCUCCUGGGCAUUCUCCUUCCACGCAGUGCGGGCAAAUUCCCAGUUUGGCUAGUCACUUCGUUGAGACAGAAUAGAAGGAAUGCAGGGUUUUUGGGGAGAUCGGAUAAUUUUUCCUCCCAGGCAUUUUCCUCUUGCCUGCCUUAUGAGUGAAUGGUCCCUUUGAAUAUUAUUUCCAAAAGCGAGAGCUAAGACAGAGUCAUCAAAAAGAGAGGAUAAAAGAAGGGUGGUAGGGUGACCUGUUAAUUGCUUAGACUCAGAUGACUAACUCCAGCUCUCCCUGGGCAACCCUAGAGGGCAGCAGAGGACCCAGAGCUCAUUCAGGCCUUGUUCCUGGUUUCUAAACUACGCCUUAGAAAUUUUUUUCUUCUUUCCAAAACAUUCCAUUGAUUUGAUAAAGACUUUCUAUAGAGAGGCUUUCACUUUUAAGUUCUUUGAGUUUAAAGGAUUGCUUUUCUUGAACCACUUUUUUUUUUUUUAGAAAAAUUGUAUUUUUUCAAAUGUGCACACAAUUUUUAAAAUAAUAGAAGCAAAGUCAUUUUGAAGACCAUGUAAAGAGUGAAUGUCAGACAGUAUUCAUUGUUACCAAUUUAUUCAAAUUACAUACAUGUUCGUACCAAGAUGGAAAGAAAUUCAAUCUUCAUGGUAAAACUUAAGCACGAUUUAGGACAAAAGCAUAGUAUUUCUUCAGUGUAGAUUUAUUAAGUGCCUUAUUGAACAGGAUCUUAAUGUGCUUUUUCCGUUUUUGAAAGAGUUAAUGCAAUUGUUGAAGGUUCUAACCAAGAAACAACUUAAGGAAUUGGGAGACUUGGUCCCCUUGUUUUCAGGGGUCUGGCCAUAAGUCCCUUCCCACCUUGGGGUAUUCUUAAAUAUGCCAAAAGGAGUUCUAGUUUUUAUAACCAAUGGGCUUUUUUUGUUUGUGUGCUUAUGGAUUUGUGUAAUCAUUGAUGCUUAAUGUUGUAGAUUCGUAAUAUAAAAAAUGGCUCCUGUCCUUUAUAUUUAUUCAUGUGCUAGAAGUAGUAUGCGUUAUAUAAAGAGUGUGAAGUUUUCAUAAGCCUUUAUAUUUCAAGCUCUUUAUUUAAACAUUGUUGAAAUAUAUGGCAUAAGGCUUGUUUCAUUUAUUUAAUAAACUGGAGUAAUAUAUAAAAAUAAAAA